CGUCCCCUUAAAGCUCCAUCGCUCAUUUCGCGCAGUGACAUAUUCCAGCCAGCUGCCUCGGUCGAUGGACAGCGGGAGCGGCCAAAAAGCACGGAGUCCCUAAACGCUCCUCGACAUCCUGCUCGCCCGCCGAAGCCGGAGACACGCCGCGUUCCCGGCUGCGCUCAAGGAACCGCCGCCUCAGCCCGAGUAGGAUACCCGAGCACGAUCUAACAGUCCGAGCCGACGCUCCAAGGAUAUGCCCCCUUUUUUGGGAAUCUGAUACAAAAUCUUAUUUUCCCACAGAAUUCUUUUUUUCCCUAAAUUAUUUUUCAUUUAAACACACCUAUCUUAGUUCAUCCUGUUUAGUAGCCUAUAGUAGUAGUAUUUAUAUCAACAGUACUAUAUUACGGCAGCAUCCUUUUUUACUAAGUGUAUUAUAGUCUAUACAUAAUUUAUUUCUAUUGUUAUUUAUUUUCUGCUACAACUGUAUAUACUCUAGCUUUAUUUGAAAUACAGACGUAGCUUUAUUACCGGCGGUAAAGCUUUCGGAGCAUCCGUUGUAAAGCUGACCAUCUUUACACAUCGCGAAACCACAUUAUUUUGAUCGCAUAACCUGGAUACAAGUGGAGAAUCGCCUGCGCUGGACAGCCGCUCUGCUAUCUCGUUUUCCCCGGUGUAGAAUUGGCUUCCGUGUCGCAUGGAUAAAAGGUAUGAGGACCUGGUGCAGUUCUCAGGGUCAGAGGGCAUGCUUCUGGGGGGGUAUAGAGAAACCAUGAGGUCACUUCCUCCCCCCCACUACGGCCACCCUGCUGCAGACUCCCUCAAACACCACCGAGACCAGAUAUAUGGUCACCCCCUGUUUCCACUGCUGGCACUCGUGUUUGAGAAGUGUGAGCUGGCCACCUGCUCUCCGCGGGAGUCCACCGCGUCGUCCAGUCAGCCACACCUCCACGGGGGCACCAACCACAAUGACGUCUGCUCCUCCGACUCGUUUAACGACGAUAUCGCCGCUUUUGCUAAGCAGAUUCGCUCAGAGAAGCCGAUUUUUUCAUCAAACCCCGAACUGGACAACUUGAUGAUUCAGGCGAUUCAGGUUCUGCGCUUCCACUUGCUGGAACUUGAGAAGGUUCAUGACCUCUGUGACAACUUCUGCCACCGUUACAUCACCUGUCUGAAGGGUAAAAUGCCCACUGACCUGGUCCUGGAUGACCGGGAGGGCGGGUCAAAGUCAGACAUGGAGGAUUUCACUGGCUCCUGCACCAGUCUAUCAGAUCAGAACCAGUCGUGGCUGCGGGACCCAGAGGACUGCGUUUCUACCCCCUCGGGGACCCCUGGCCCCUCCUCCUGCGGCAUGCCCUCGCAUGGCACCGACUGCAGCGACGCCGGGGACGGUCUCGAUGGCGCCGUGGCCUCCCCCAGCACGGGUGAGGAGGACGAGACCGACCGGGACAGGAGGAACAACAAAAAGCGAGGGAUCUUCCCCAAAGUAGCCACUAACAUCAUGAGGGCUUGGCUCUUCCAGCAUCUAUCGCAUCCGUACCCCUCCGAAGAGCAGAAAAAGCAGCUCUCCCAGGACACCGGUCUUACCAUCCUGCAGGUCAACAACUGGUUUAUCAAUGCAAGGCGCAGAAUAGUCCAGCCCAUGAUAGACCAGUCAAAUCGCUCAGGUCAAGGCGCCCCCUAUAGUCCAGAAGGAGCAGCGAUGGGAGGCUACGGACUGGAAGGACAGCCCCAUUUGGGCCUCAGGACUGCAGGACUUCAAGGAAUGACCACCUUAUCCUCAGACUACCCUGGGCCUGUCCUACCCCAACCAGGGUACUCCCACGGUCCCCCUUCCCUGCAUCCGUACCCACCCCCACACCCAGCCAUGCUGCUGCAUCCACCCCCCCACCCACAUCCUGCCGAGCCCCUCAUAGGCCAGGGCCUGGAUAUACAUGCGCAUUAACUGGGGAUGGGGGAGGGGCAUGAACAGGGAGGCCACACCCACACCGAGGCACUGUCACCGCCUACAGCCAAUCAGCACGGUCCGGCUUACACAUCCAGCGAUAUUCCUUCAAGGACUCUCCUGCAAGUCCAUACUUAUACAUAUAAACCUUCACUUAUUUAUGGCAGUCAGAACAAAAACACUGCUAUAUGUGGAGAUAUAUAAAUGUCAUAAACACCAAGCAGCAAAUAUCAAUAUUAUGUACAAGCCAAGAUCAAACAAAGCACAGCCUUUGAUUCAGACACACUCCUCUCCUCUCUUCCUGUCCUCUCCUCCCACAAAUUAGCCCAGUGGCACAAAGAACCCAUUAUUUUCUAAAAGCCCCC